UCCAGUCUUGGUCCACUCUUCCCUUGACCUUUCUAUCUCUUUAUCAAUCAUCUCCCUUUUCUCCCCUGAUACAUUUUUCAGGGAAAAAGAUAAACUCUUUAUUUGUAUUUGAAAAUUUAUAUAGGCAAAGAAAAUACUAGAAGAGCGAUGCCUGAAUGGACUCGUGUGGCGGUAGCAGCGGUGGUCGUCGUUAUCCUUUUGAUCCUUUUGGUUGUGUUUAUGCGUCGCUGGUGUUACCGUAAAGAUAUUGUUGACGACAACAGAGCCGUUGGGACUGCGAGUCUGCAUCAUCAUCAUCAGAUUGAUUUAGAUAGCAAGAGAAGGGGGAAUUACUAUGUUUUUCGACACGGGGUUUCGACAAAACCUUUGUUUAAUUGGGCUGAUCAUCCAUCUCUCGUCACCGAUGCAGUUGAGAACGGAUGGUCUCGAUUUGGCUUCACGAAUUACAUGUCGUCUCCUUCUACACGAUCAAGCCUGUUAGGAUUAUGUGCGGCUGGUGAUUUUGGAAGAGGAAACGAUGUAGAGGUGAACUGGGAAGUUUGCCAAGGAUCAUCAGAUUUCAUGCAAAAGAUCAGGCUCAGCUCUGGGUCAAAGAAAGGGAGUCUAGGCCAUCAUUCCAUGGAGGCAGCAUCUGUUAUCAGAACAGCUCUGCCCUUGCCAGGGCCUCCUUUGGGAAGCUCAGUUUUCCCUCAAGAUGCCUAUUUCGAGAUCACGAUUCUGUAUUGCCGCCGAGAUGAUCAUGAUUCAAGUCCAAGCGGCAAGCUAAGAGAAGACGAGAAGAUAAAACUCAUCAAAGAAAAUUCAAAUCCGAAAGCAAGUUCAGAAUCUUUGGUCCAUGCUAUCAGCAGUCAUGAUAUUAAUACGAUCGAGGAAUUAAAGCUUGCAAUUAAAGAUGACGGAAAGGGUGAAACAGUAAUGCUAUCGGUGGGACUGACUGCAGGAGGCUCUCUUCCUUUGAAGCUUCCUGGUAGCUAUCCAGGAUCCAUUGGUUUCAAUUCCGAUGGUUCUGUCUAUCUCGAUGGGAUUAAACUAGUGUUUGAAUCCAAGAAAGAAGAGUGGGGGAAGACAGAGAAGGUGAUAGGUUGCGGGUUCGAUCCCAGGCAAAAGAAAGUGUUCUUCACAUUAGAUUCGGAGCUGGUACGUGUAAUAAAUUGCAAGUCUGAGGAAUUCGGAACUCCCCUUUAUCCAACUCUUGCAGCAAACGAUGAUGUAACGGUUCUAGUUAAUUUUGGACAAAGUGCCUUUGCAUAUGCACCGGCAAAUGGACAACGGACGCCAAAUCCAUGUUUCAUUGGCCCCCUUGUAAACUCCCCUGCGGCCGCUCUGGGCUAUGAAGACAGUAAAGAGCUUUUUUCAAUGGGAAGAAUCGACUCCCAAUGGCUUAACAGAUGCACAACUAAAGGCAGCCACAACAACAACGGGAGUAAUUAUCCCACGAUGGAUUUCGAUGAGGAAUCCGAGGCUGAUUUAUUUGAAAUCAUACUGGAUGGCAACGGAAGAUCCCCCAACUCAGUUUUGUAGCUUCAAUGCGGACAAUUUUAUUUCUGCAAUGAGUGUCUGGUUUUGGCAUUGAAUGAAGUGUUUCAUGUGAGACUGGCAUUGAUGGCCAUGGACGCACUUGAGUUUCCAUAGAAGGUUGAUAUAUUUUACUUGGAA